AAGAAGCGCCAUUGCGACACGUUUUCGGAGUACGCUCGGUACAAUUUUUAUUUAAUUUCGGCAAUGCUGUCAAUUAUUCCGUGGUAACGUUCGACGUGUUCGUCGCCCAACGAGUGACUCCUUUUAAUUACGUAUGAGCGAGGAAUGUUUCCGAGGCGGCGACCUAACCUCCAGGUUUUAUCACUCGACGUACGCCGUACGCGCAACGUCGGUUGCGGUAUCUCAGAGACUGUCAAAGAGUGCGUUUACGCAGAGAUUUACAGUGCGUAUAACACAAAACUUGUAGUUUACUACUAAAUACUUACUCGUAGGCAUUAAUCGUUGAUUUCUGCGCGAGUUGUACGCUGCAGCCGAGCUACAAGAGGCACCUAACCUAAAAUCUAGCCUAAAACACCGCUCGUUGGUGUUUAUCCGUGUCCAAAUUGAUAUUUCACGAACUGGAAGAGAUAUAUUCCUCCGGUAAAAUUAUCUCGGAGUGAACUGAGCGUCUCGAGGCUUCCGCGAGUGACGAUCGCGGCAGAUACGCCAGGAAAUAUCGACAAACAUGCCUACUUGGAACCAGAUUCAAGCUCAGCUGCGGAAUCCCAACAACCCCGUGGUCUUCUUCGACGUGUCGGUGGGCACCACGGAGAUAGGCCGCAUGAUCUUUGAACUGUUCGAGGACGUGUGCCCGAAGACGUCGGAGAACUUCAGGCAAUUCUGCACCGGUGAAUACAGGAAGGAUGGAGUGCCGCUGGGUUUCAAGGGCGCAAUCUUCCACCGGGUGAUCAAGGACUUUAUGAUACAGGGUGGUGACUUUGUUAAUGGCGACGGUACCGGGGUACUGAGCAUCUACAGCGGUGGAACAUUCCCGGACGAGAAUUUUACGUUGAAGCAUGACUCACCUGGGCUGCUGUCCAUGGCCAACAGCGGCAAGGACACCAACGGGUGUCAGUUCUUCAUCACAUGCGCCAAAUGCAACUUCCUGGACGGCAAGCAUGUUGUUUUUGGUCGGGUGAUUGAUGGUCUGCUCGUCAUGAGGAAAGUGGAGAAUGUACCUACUGGACCGAACAAUAAGCCAAAGAUUCCAGUGACGAUAUCACAGUGUGGACAGAUGUAACAGCAGAUGUUAUUUAUUCGGACUUGUAUAAACUCGCUGUUCUUGCAUUAUUGUAAUUGUGCCUCUCGCUUGGAAAAAGUACAAUAAAAAUAUAAUUUUUGUAAUAUGGGCGUACACUGUCAUCAUUUGUAUGAGAGUUAUAUGUAAAGAAAUUACUAUCUCUGUACUUUUACUGGUUUUAUAUAUGUAUUCUUUUUAUACAAUGAUUUUAUAAUACGUAAUUCUGAAUC